UUGCUGCGUGUUCGGUGGCUUGGAAAAUCUUUAAAACAGGAGAUUCAUACAUAUGCCACGAAAUUGAUGCAGUAUUCAUCACUCGUCACAGUUGAAAGCCUGUCGGUCCAAUAGCUACGGGAUGCUUUAUUUUAGUUCUUUGAGUGUAUUUUCCAACGGGACAUAACAUUGGAGGCAAUUUGGAUGAAGUUGGACUCACGGAAGUUUUAUGGUUCCUUCAAUACAACAGAAAGAGGAUUUAAUGGGGACAUCUAAGAGUGAAGAAAACCUCGGACAAUUCUUUCAAGCACUUAAUAUUGGAUGAUAAUUCAUAUGGCGUGAAGGAUAGUGCCUCUGUCAAAGGAGCUUAACCCGCUUCUUUUUGGCGAAGUGUCGGAGCGCACAAGAACAACUGCCACGCAAAAAACUUUUAGUCAACAACUUGGGAAAACUCAGACGUCUUGACAGAUAACAACCUAUUCAUUUCAGACUGGAUAUACAAUGACAAGCUGUUGGUUUGCUUUCGCGGCGUUGUGGUGGAGCUCUUAUUGCAUGUUCCUUAUUGCAGGUAGCAAUUAUUUAUUCGAUGGCAACAAUGAAGUUCAUCCGAGCUUCGUUCAUCGGAGAUUACGGACGCAUGAAAAGAGAGAAAUGCAGAAAGAGAUUUUGUCCAUCCUCGGACUGCCACAUAGACCUAGACCUCAUCUUUCACAUGGCAAGUAUAACUCUGCGCCGCUCUUCAUGUUGGAUUUGUACAAUACCAUAUCUAACGAAGAGAAGAACGAAGUGGACGGAAUUCUGGACCAGUACAAGUCCAUGUUUACCACGCAAGGACCCCCUUUGGCAACUUUUCAGGACAGUGCAUUCUUAAACGACGCAGAUAUGGUCAUGAGCUUCGUAAAUCUGGUGGAGUACGACCGGGAGUUAUCCCCAGAGAGACGCCACCACAAGGAGUUCAAGUUCAACCUCUCCCAAAUCCCAGAGGGGGAGGCCGUGACUGCAGCUGAGUUUCGCAUCUACAAGGAGUGUGUCAGCCGCUCGUUCCGCAACGAGACCUUCCUCCUCAGCGUAUACCAGGUGGUGGGGGAACGGCCAGGCAGGGACUCGGACCUUUUCCUGCUGGAGUCCAGGAGACUGUGGGCGGCCCAGGAAGGCUGGCUGGAGUUCGACAUCACCGCCACCAGCAACUUGUGGGUGAUGAGUCCAGAUCACAACCUGGGGCUUCAGAUCAGCGUGGAGACCCUCAGUGGGCAGAGCAUCAGCCCCAAGGAGGCUGGGCUGGUGGGCCGUGACGGAGCUAUGGAGAGGCAGCCCUUCAUGGUGGCCUUCUUCAAGGUGAGCGAGGUACACGUCCGCUCCCCGCGCUCCGCCGGCCCAAACGGCAAACGGCGCCAACAGAACCGCAACCGCUCCAGCCAGCCACAGGACUCAUCCCGCGGCGCUGGCCAUACAGAUUACAACAGCAGCGACCAGAAGACGGCUUGCAGGAGGCAUGAGCUCUAUGUGAGCUUCAAAGAGCUGGGCUGGCAGGACUGGAUUAUCGCACCUGAGGGCUAUGCGGCGAACUACUGUGACGGAGAAUGCUCCUUCCCCCUCAACGCCCACAUGAACGCCACCAACCACGCCAUCGUGCAGACACUGGUGCAUCUCAUGAACCCAGAGAACGUGCCCAAGCCCUGCUGCGCACCGACCAAGCUGCACGCCAUCUCCGUUCUCUACUUCGACGACAACUCCAACGUCAUCCUCAAGAAGUACAAGAACAUGGUGGUGCGGGCCUGUGGCUGCCACUGACCGCCCGGCCGUCGCUCCGCUCUCCCCAUCCUC